GGAGCGUCAUUUUCCUAUAUAUACUCUCGAGGCAUUAGAAACUCAGACCCACAUCUUCUUUCUCCUUCCCAAUAUCCCUUCCCCAUUUUCCUUUUUAUUUUUUUUAUUUUCUACUACUAAUUAUUACAUAUUAAGCAAAAUACCAAACCUCUCUCUCUCUCCUGAUGAGGAUGUCUGUUUCUUGAGCAAGAGAAAAGUCUUGCUUUUUUUUUUCAUUCAGCCUUUCUUACUUUCUUUACAGCACACUCUCACUUUCUUUCUUUCUCUCUCCCUUUUCCAAUUUUCUUUUGAAAGGCUUUACUUUCUUAAUUUGUCUUCCAUACUCCUCCUAGGCUGAAAAAUCACCAGUACUAUUUCUCUACUAAAUUAUAUUAUAUAUAUCUAUAUAUAUUCUCUCUAUAUAUGUGAAGUGAUUUUAUUUUUGCAGCAAGAAGAUGGAUGAAAUUAGAGAAAAACCAACAUCUCACAAUCACAUCUGUAUAUUACUAUGAGUGUGUGAUUUAGUUUCUGAAAUCUGUCAGGAGAGGAGUAGUGUGCUUUUUUUGCUCUUUGUUUUCAGAACCCAAAACUGCUGGGUUUGUAGCCAUAGAUAGAAUCUGGGAAUAUAUAUAAAAGGGUUUCAAAAAUGCUUCGCGAAAAAGGGCUUUCAUCAGAAGCAGCUGCAGGCGGUAGAAGCUGCUUAGCUUUGAAUCCGAUUCCUGAUCUUUCACUCCACAUAAGCCCUCCAAACACAAACACAAACAGUGCUCCCUCCUCCAUUUGCACCGACCAAGUAACGCCCGAUCACGACUCCAGCAGCUGCUUCGACAUAUGGCGAAGAGACACCGACGAGGAUUGCACCAACGGCGGCGCCCUAUCCAACAAAUCCCACAGCGACAGCUGUAUUAGGGCCAGCUACACCAGUUCUUCCCCAGCAGCUGCUGGCGCCGACACUGAGCUUUCCCUCGCGAAUCCCUCGGCCUUAGAGGCCGAAAGCGCCUGGAAGAAGAACUAUUUCGGCGGUGGAGACGGUUACAAUGACGAAGCGAAGAAUAGUGGUAAUAGUGUAACUAGUAGUAAUGGGAUUUCGAUGCUUGAGAGACUCAAACCCAUCAAAGGGAUUCCCGUUUACAGUACCAGUAGUACUAAUUGCUCGUUUCCUCCUUCGUUUUCCCCUAAUCCUGUGUACCAAACGGCGCCUUAUCUGUCUAAUUCCUUCGGACCGGCAGCACCUGCUCGGAAUUGCAGUGGCAGGGGAAUGGGAAUGGGAUUGGGAGGGUUUAACGGGAUAACGAUGGACAGUCUAAGCCUAGGAGUAGGAGGAGUGCAACAACAACAGCAGCAGCGUCAACGACAACACCAUUUUCCGUCGUAUAAUUUGAAUCCUUAUUAUCCUCAGCAGCUGCAGCAGCAUCACUGUGUUGGAGGAGGUGGAAAUUACAACGCCGACUUGUCGUCGAAUGGUUUCACCAUGAGAUCGAAAUUUACGCCGCCGAAGCUCAUAGGGCAAAAUAUUAAUAAGAGGAACAUGAGAGCUCCCAGGAUGAGAUGGACUACUUCUCUUCAUGCUCGUUUUGUUCAUGCUGUCGAGCUCCUUGGUGGUCAUGAAAGGGCUACUCCAAAGUCAGUGUUGGAGCUCAUGGACGUCAAGGAUCUCACACUUGCUCAUGUUAAGAGCCAUUUGCAGAUGUAUAGAACUGUUAAGAACACUGACAAACCUCUAGCUUCCUCAGAUGGAUCUGGGGAUGAAGAUCUUUUGUCUAUAACGAACCAUCAUCAUAAUUCAAAUUCAAAUGGUUUACUUAACCAAAGAGGAGCCUCAAAUGCAACUUUAAACUUAGAGCACGAUCAUAUGGAACACCGCCCUUUUAACAAUCUGUGGGGCAACUCCUCCAGGUAUAUAUGAUCUUCACUUGUGAUUUGCAUCAAGUUUAAGUACGUAUCGUAGAAGCUGAUUAGGAUUUUGGAACCAGCAGAAGAUGUAAAGAAUUGCUGGCACUUAUAUUUUAAGGAAAUAUAUGCAAGCAUGGUUGCAGUAGAGGAGCACUGGCUGCAAGCCAGUUCAAGGGAUCUAAAUGUGCUUAGAGCAGAAAUGCUUUCUCAACAUAGAAUUACUACUGGAAACCAAUUACCUGCAAUUAGCUAGGGUUUACUAAUUACCAAGUCUUGCACGAAACAUAUCUUUUAAAUUACGUGGAUGCAGAGAGAUUGCUUCUUUUGAUUGAAUGGGCUAGGGAUUUUAGUAA